CCCGGAAGAACCAGCAAACAUGUACAAGCCUGACUAGGAUCUUGCCUAUACAGCUGAAAGGGACUUUCCGAUAUGCAACAGUAAUAUAUGUCCUGAACCUGUCAAUGACACGCAUGUUGGGGACAAGUCAACGCCAACCAGCCACAGAUGAACUUUCAUGCUAAGAUAACAGACCCGGAAGUGUUUCAACUGACAUACUCAGCUGUGUGUGAGAGGGUAAUAUGUACAGCUUGGGGACCUGAAUAGCGACAAUCGGUUCAACGUGUCAUUCUCUUUCAGACACCAUCAACAUACGAAGACUGUGACUGACAUCAUGAUAGAACUAAGAGGAGUCCGCCCAAAGGACGUGGUAGCUGGCCUGGCGGUGCCGGUACUUGUGUACAUGCUCCUGGCAGUCUUCAAGUUUCUGUGGGAAUUCUGGCAGUUCAAGCUUGUGGGACUACAGUUUCCCUCGCCACCCUUCCACUGGUUGUACGGCAAUUUGCAUCUGACUGAGGGGUACUUCGGUGAGAAGUUUCUGGCCACCACCCGUGAGGUUGUAGCGCGGCACCCGCGCGCUCAUGCCUUCUGGUUAACUCCGCUGAUGGUCGGCGUGCAGCUAUCCCACCCGGAAACCAUCAGGCAGCUUCUCAGGGUUUCAACUAAGAAGUCUGAAGAGUAUGAGCACUUCCGACCAUGGCUAGGUAACGGUCUGCUUCUGAGUGACGGUAACGUGUGGAAGUCGCGCCGCCGACUCAUCACCCCCGCCUUCCACUUCGACGCCCUCAAACAGUACGUCAGCGUCUACAACAAGGAAGCUGAACAGCUGAUCGAAAAACUUUCGGAGUUCGCCGAAAAUGGGGACUGUUUCGAGAUGUUUCAACAUGCUAGCCUCUGUACGUUGGAAAUCAUCCUUCAGUGCGCUUUCUCUACAGAGGGGAUGUCUGAGCAAACCAAGAGUGGCUAUGUGUCAGCUAUUCAUGGCUUCGGACAGUUACAAGCUGGACUGGAUUUCAACCCGAUCUAUUCGUUUUUCCCGUCCAUCUAUAACCUCUCUCCGGACGGACGGAAGUUCAGGCGUCUGUGUGACUUUACCCACCGCACGGCGGACGACAUCAUCAAGACAAGAAGACAACAAUUAGUACGUCUUACAACUGGGCAGAAGAAAACGCUGAACUUUCUCGACAUUCUGCUGAAGGCUCGGGACGAGGACGGCAGAGGUCUGACGGAUGUGGAAAUCAGACAGGAAGUCAACAUUUUCCUGUUUGCUGGACACGACACGACUGCGAGUGCCCUGUCCUGGACCCUGUACUCCCUGGCCCAACAUCCACAUCACCAGGACAAGGUGCGGGAAGAAGUCAACGGUCUACUGGCUGACAAGGAGGAUGUCACCAUUCAAUGGGACGACCUCUCCAGGUUUCCGUACCUGACCAUGUGUCUGAAGGAAGCCAUGCGCCUACACAGUCCAGUUGCGCGCAUCUCCCGAGCUACCAAGGAGAACUGUGUCAUAGAGGGCGUCAACAUUCCCAAAGACACGUACAUGGGGAUCGACAUAUACGGACUGAACCACAACCCUGCCGUCUGGGGGCCUGAUCACAUGGAGUUUGAUCCGAGUCGUUUUCACCCUGACCGAUUGAAGGACAUGGACUCUCACGCUUUCAUCCCCUUCUCUGCAGGGCAAAGGAACUGCAUUGGUCAAAACUUCGCAAUGAAUGAAGAGAAGGUGCUGCUCGCAAGGCUGAUUCACAAGUUUGUAUUUGAAGUUGACCCAAGCCGCCCUGUUGUGAAGGAGAUGGGGAUACUGAUGAUGGCCAGGGGCGGGAUGUGGAUGAAAGUAACACCGGUGUAGUCAUUUUACCGGGUCAGCUUUACUAUGUGACAUCACUCUUGAAUUUGAACAUGCAACUUAUUACAAUGUCAGCGUGGACUGCCACUGUUUAAUCUCUACUGAAUGCAAUUGCGCCAGCUGACCGAUAUUUAGAGGUUUAGACAUUCAUUAUUUAAAACCAUCAGGGUAUGGUUUCGUCGGUUACUAACUACAUGAAGUAUG